AUGCUCAAGCUCAAGUUCGUCAACACCACGAAUGUUCCUGUUCAGAAGCGUAAAAUUGCGUUGCAUGCGUGUGAUACCUGUCGGAGACGAAAAAAACGAUGUGUUCAUCCAUUAGGGGAAGGGGAGUCUCCGCCUCCGCACACUGUUCACUGGAGGAAACGGGGCCAUCCACCGGGGCCGGCCGCUUCCGCCGAGAACGAUUCUCCGGAUGAUGCGACCACAACGCCGAUAGAUCCGUCUCUGCAGUACAGCCCGAGUAUAGAGGAGGCUGGGGUAUCGGAUCCGGGUAACGAGGCCGUCGGCGGCGAUUAUGAAGACGAUGCCAACGACGACAACCAGACAGCUGACUCAAUUCAUGUUGCAAACUCAGAGCCCUCUACCCAGAGUUCAACGCUUCCACUUGAUCAGCCCCGAAGUCGUUUCGUCAACGUAGAACCUCAGAGAGGAAUUACACGACCUAACAAUAUCAACACGGGACCUCCCAUUCAAGGCCAAGUACCUUCAGUCGGGACACCGGUAGUUCCCAUUGAGACCCCAGCAAUUAGAGCUACAGGCUCAACAACUCACAUCUCGAGUCCUGAAACCAAGGUCCAGCCAACAGAUUCCGACUCCAACCAUAAUGACGACAGAUUUGUAGGUGACUUGAAUCCGGAGGGUGCGUUUCUAGCCGAUAGCCCCGCGACAAGUCGCGGUCAUGCCGAGUCCAACGCCGUGGGCGUCUGGUAUUCUCGCAGAAACAACGGCGAUAGCCUCACCCCCGAACUUGCAUCGGCAGUAUCGGUAGACUAUGAGGUACACCAGUUCCUCGCCGUAUUACCUAGAAAGGAGAGUUACGACCACCUUGAGAAGAUCUAUAUUCGAGAUGUUCACCGUAUCCUACCCGUCAUGAAUCUCGACAUACUCCAAGCGUCAACAUCAACGAUAUCCCAAGUUCUCUGCAAACAAGUCAUAUGCCUAGCUGCCGGCUCGAAUCCCAGCGCCAGGCCUUACCUGACACUCGGGCAAGACUCAUCGGCAGUCUUAAGCUAUUCAGAAUUCGCCCUCCGUCUUUCCUCGGCCAUCCGGAAAGCACUCGGCCUUGGCCUAGUCAAGGACCGAGUCCAAGCCGUCGCCAUCAUGGUGAUUCUCUCCCUGUACACCCACUUCUCGCAAGACCGCCAUCUGUCUGCCGAGCUGGCGGCACAGGCCGUCAGCAAUGCCCAGACAGUGGGACUUCACCUCCAAAAUCCGCCGGCGAGGUCUGAGGAUCCGGCGUACUUGACGCGGCUAUUCUGUUGUGUGUGGGCCAUGGAUCAGCUCAACGCCGCUUUCCACGGACGACCGGUGAUGAUACACGAAAGAGACCUGGGGCGUGACAUGGAGGAGUGUCUCCGAGAGCAAGACAGCUGCUUCCGACUCUUCCUCGAAAUUGUGGUCUUGCUCGGGUGUAUCAUCGACCUGUAUCGGCCGGCAGUAAAGAACACGGGCUGCGUUGUCAUGGAGGAUUUCCCAAGCUUUGAUAGCCUCGUCGAAAAGACACACGCUCUCGGCGUGGAAUCCCGCCUCUUAGCUUCCAUGGAGCUUCUCUAUCACGGCAUCGGCAUCUUAUCAUGUCGGAUUCCUGUUGGUUCAACAAGAUCUGAGCACCUUUCACUAGCGCUCAAUCGACAAGCUCUCUCCGCUAUCAAGAUUACAACCAUUAUUGAGGACUACGGUAACUCACUAUCGCAUAUUACUUUCGUACCAUACGCCGUAUCUCUAUCCCUGCGGGUCGCAUAUCGAGAACUACGAUCAUCCAAGGUGCCAAUGUUGACGGCAAGAUCCCGGUGUCAGCUCCAGUCAACCUGCAAGACGCUCCGUGGAAUGGGCAGCAUGUUCAGGUCUGCGCAGGUCAUGGUAGACCUAGCCGAACAAGUGAUUCAGGAGAUAGAUCAAGUCUGCACCAACGCCUUGAAUGAGCAGAACGCGGUUGGUUCAACAAAUGUGCCAAAUACCCCUCGGCAGGACCAAGCAGCACCACAUGUCGCACCCGCCGUGGGCUGCAGCAAUGUCGAUGACGGAAACCACCCGCCAAACAGUGAGCCGAUGCCGGUCUUUGACCCUUCACUUUUUGAGGGGCCUGCAGGUUUCGAUGUUUUCGAGUUCUUCGACCCCGGCGAUCUCAAUGCGAUCGAUGCCAUCUUGGGAGGGGAUGCUCCACCAGGCAUUGGGCCGAUGGGUUCCUUUAUUUGA